AUGGCGAAGAACGAGAACAAGAACUACUACAGAUUGCGCAAGAAAAACGUGCUCGUACCGUAUCGUUGGAUGGCCAUCGAAGCGAUUCAGGACGGCGUGUAUACAUUAGAAUCCGAUAUGUGGUCAUUUGGCAUUCUACUUUACGAGAUUUUCACGCUGGGUGGAUUACCGUAUCCCACUAUUUCGAAUGAGGACCUGCUACCGAAACUACUCGAUGGAUACAGGAACUCCAAGCCACAGUACUGCCAUGAAGACAUGUAA